GACAAUAUUCACUUUCACUCACUCCUCACUCAGUUAUAAGUGAUUGGCUAUUGCUUCGUCAUCCAUGUCUGGACAGAAAACUCCGGCACAGUCCAGCACUUUCCUCGCCGACUUCCUGAUGGGCGGGGUUGCUGCGACCAUAUCAAAGACAGCGGCCGCUCCUAUCGAGCGUGUCAAGUUAUUGAUACAGAACCAGGGCGCAAUGAUAGCGGCAGGCCGCUUAAGCUCUCCUUAUAAUGGUAUUCUAGACUGCUUCAAGAAAACUUAUGCGGAAGAAGGGCUAGCCAGCUUUUGGAGAGGGAAUGGUACCAAUGUAAUCAGGUACUUUCCCACGCAGGCUUUGAACUUCGCGUUCAAAGAUGAUUUCAAACGGAGACUUGGAUACAAGAAGGCUGAUGGGUUUGGCUUGUGGGUCUUCGGGAACGUUGCCAGCGGUGCCGCUGCAGGAGCAUCAAGCUCACUCUUCGUCUAUUCAUUGGACUACGCCAGAACUCGACUUUCCGCUGACCUGAAGAAUGUUGGAAAGGGAGGACAACGUCAAUAUACUGGCCUCAUCGAUGUAUACAGACAAACCCUACGUUCUGAUGGAAUCGUGGGACUGUAUCGAGGAUUCGUUCCCAGUGUUCUUGGCAUCAUCGUUUACCGUGGUCUCUACUUCGGCGGCUACGAUACGGUCAAAGACACUGUACUCGUUGGUCCUUUGAAAGGCAACUUUCUGGCGUCUUUCGCGGUGGGCUGGAUGUGCACGACGGGAGCAGCCUUGGCUUCAUACCCCAUGGACACUAUUAGACGUCGGAUGAUGAUGACAAGCGGAGAGAAGGUCCAUUACAAGUCGUUUGUUGACGCUGGAAGACACAUUGUUGCGAAAGAAGGGGCAAAGGCUCUCUUUAGUACGUUCUGUGAAGCAUGUACCAUGCAACGGUUGUUAUUGACGCAUAAACCUCAGAUGGCGCUGGUGCGAAUAUCUUGCGAGGUGUCGCAGCUGCAGGUGCAUUGUCAUUGUACGACAAGUAAGUAGAUUCCAGGAGAUUGCUUUAGGACGUGUUUAUACGGCGGGAUCUUCUUGAACAGUGAGCUGGGUAUGACGAGUGGAGAUUUCAUGUACUACGUGUUACGUACUAGACAUUCAGUUCUCAUACAUAAUGAAAUGACAGGGGUUGUCCACCCCUGGACGGGGGGUCGUUACGUUGGGUGGUUGUUCACUUGCUCUCUAUACGAGACUUGGCUGACGCCAGAAGGUACUGAUGGGACCGUAUGAAUUAUUCGACAAUCACGGGUCAGGCAGGCCUCGAGUCCAGCAG